GGAAUUUGUAUUUUAUUUUGGUUAUUGGACUCUGCUAAUUUGUUUGCCUAUAUAAGACUCUUUGUUUACCGGAUCGCCAUCGCCAGUCGCUUCGUGACACUCAACUUGGAUUGUAUUAACUUUCGGAUCACCAUGAAAUCCCUCCUGAUUCUCGCUCUAUUUGUGGUGGCAUCCGGUGCUGCCUCCCUGGAGAAUAACGACCCCAUUUCCCAGGAGUCCAAUGUGGAGUACAAUGGCAAAUACCACUACCACUAUGAACUAAAAGAUGGCUCCAAGGCCACUCAGGAUGGUGUCCUGAAGUCCGUCAAUGCCAAGCAGAACGGUGAAGCUGUCCAUGGAAAGUAUUCCUUUGUGGGCGACGAUGGCCAGACCUACGUGGUGUCCUACACCGCCGACGAGAACGGCUACCGGGCUGUGGGCGACCAUCUGCCCACGCCGCCACCCACUCCCGAGUCGGUGCUGAAGGCUCUGGAAUACAUUCGCACCCAUCCCUACACCGUCCCGGAGAAGAAGCACUAAGCCCUGGAUGAGAACAAAGCACAAAUGUGAUUGGAACCAAAAGAACUGAAAACUGAAACCGAAAAUUAAAAACAAAUUCAAAAAUA